AUGGACAUCUUCUUUGAUGGCACUAGCGAGUACGAUAACACGACGUACGAACGUUGGCUGGAUCUUGAGACUGCUGUGGCUGGUGUAAGGUUCAAUGUCAACGAAACAAUUUACGAGCGAGAGGUCUUCGUAUCAACACCGGACGAUGUUCUUGUGCAUCACUUUCGAACAACCGGACCUGAUAAAUUGUCAUUUCAAAUGCGCGUACACCGACCGGAGGAUGGUGGCAAUGAGGCCUCAGACCAAGAUUGGAACGAAAACGGUGUCACAUACAUGACUGGAGCGACCGGUGGCGUCGAUCCUAUUGUGUUCACAACAGCUUUGGCAAUAAACACUGAUGGUAAUGUCAAAACGCUUGGUGAAUUUAUUGUUGUCGAAAACGCUACGGAAGCGACUGCUUUCUUCACUGCUUCUACCUCAUAUCGGCACAACAAUACACGGAUGGCUGUGGACAGCACUAUGCAGCUAGCUCGCUCCCGCCCGUACACCGAGCUUCGAAAGCGCCAUAUCGGAGACUAUGCGCCACUCUACAACGCUAGUAUUCUGGAACUGAAUGGAUCUGAUGCGGAAGCUAGUAGUCUACCAACAGACGAGCGAAUCAACGCUACACGCGAAGGUUCCAUUGAUCCAGGGUUGACCGCCCUAUCAUACAACUAUGGUCGCUACCUACUGAUAUCGUCAUCGCGUAAUGGGACGUUGCCUGCAAAUCUUCAAGGCAUCUGGAACAAAGAGUUCGCACCGCAAUGGGGCUCCAAGUACACCGUCAACAUCAACCUUCAGAUGAACUAUUGGCCAGCCGAAGUCACUAGUCUAUCAGAUCUACACGCACCCCUGUUUGACCUUCUAGAGAUCAUGCGCAAGGACGGUACACAUACCGCUAAUGAAAUGUACAAUACCACUGGAUGGAUGAGCCAUCAUAACACUGAUCUUUGGGGGGACACUGCGCCUGUCGACAGGUGGCUACCAGCCACGUACUGGACCUUGUCUUCCGGAUGGCUUGUUACGCACAUACUGGAGCAUUAUUGGUACACUGGCGACAAGGACUUUCUAGUUUCGAAGUUGGCGACAGUCUCCGAGGCCAUCGAAUUCUACCUCAACACACUACAGCCAUACAGCAUCAACGGGACGGAAUAUCUUGUGACCAAUCCAUCGGUAUCCCCGGAGAAUACUUACAUCGGUUCGGACGGGAAAUCAUAUCACUUCGAUAUCUCGCCGACAUGCGAUGUCGAGAUCCUCAAUGAACUAUUCACAAACUACAUUCGUGCGGUUGCCACCCUCAAUAAUGCCACCACAAACACAUCUUUCCUCAGUCGCGUCCGAGAAACCCAAGCCCGGCUUCCUCCAUAUCGCUACUCGACGCGUUAUCCUGGCACGUUACAGGAGUGGAUGCAAGAUUACGAACAAGCAGAACCAGGCCACCGCCACGUCUCGCACCUAUACGCCCUAUAUCCCGGUACCCAAAUCCUUCCACCCGGUGCUCCAGGCUACGACGCCAAGCUUUUCAAUGCCGCGGCUGCGACUCUCGAAGACCGACUUUCUCACAACGGCGCUGGAACGGGAUGGUCGCGCGCAUGGACAAUCAACUGGUACGCGCGGCUACAAAACCGCACAGCGCUGGCAGAGAACACGUACCAGUUCUUCAACAGCAGUGUUUACAACAACUUGAUGGAUGUGAAUGAGGGCGUUUUCCAGAUCGAUGGGAACCUGGGCUUCGUUAGUGGUGUUGCGGAAGCGCUACUCCAGUCGCAUAUUGUGGAUGAGGAAGGCGUACGGGAGGUAUGGCUACUACCUGUGCUGCCCGAGCAAUGGAACUCUGGGAGAGUGUCUGGGCUUGUGGCUAGGGGUGGGUUUGUGUUUGAUAUUGAAUGGGUAGAGGGCAGAAUCAGCAGGAUGAAAAUUCUGAGCCGUGUCGGUGGCGUCGUAGUGAUCCAAUAUGACGGAGGAUCCGAAAAUGGCACAGUAGCUGGUGAGAUGAUUACGGCGAGUUCUGGGGUGAUUCAAGCGGUUUCUGGUGGGAAGAUAAGGCUGGACACAAAGGCGAGCCAGACGAUGGAAUAUGAGUUCAUGUGGUGA